CGCACACGUCUCUACAGAAUGAGAGCUGAACGAUGACGUUUGAUGACGUCAUCAAACAGGUGGGAGCGUUUGGACCGUACCAAAGACGCCUCAUCCUGCUCGGUUUAUUUCCGUACCUCAUCUUCGCAUUUCAGUUCAUGAUUCCUAUUUUCAUCCUGUCAGAACACAAACACCGAUGUAAAGACAAGCAAACGGCAUACCCAGAAGACAAUAUAUGGGUGUCAAACGCCUCGCUUACCUCAUGCCAAACCCAUCACUUCGAUAAUGUCACAAACACUACGUAUGACGUUCAGUGUAAGUCAUGGUCCUACGAUACGUCUGAACAAACCAGCAGUCCGAUUUCGGAUUUUGAUUUAGUGUGUGAUAAUGCGGUUGCCAAGUCACACGUUACCAUGGCGUUUUCGUUUGGAAUGCUGGUCGGUGCUCUGUUGUCCGGGAUAUUCGGAGACUCAUUUGGACGUAAACCUGUAGUAUGCAUCACUCUGACGUUUUUGUGUUUCUCUAUCGGCUGUGCAUGGGCUCCCUCGGCGUAUGUUUUGGCCAUACUGAGGUUCUUGACGGGAGUAGGAUGCAAUCUAGGCCCAUUGAAACUUAUUGUAAUGGAAAUGGUGGGACCAACGUGGAGAUAUUUUGUGGUUUCAGUUCACGAGAUUACGUUUACCAUAGGGGAGAUGAUCCUGUGUUGCCUGGCUUACUUCGUCAGAGACUGGAGAACAUUACAACUGACUGGAUCAGUGCCGUCUGUUUUCGGUCUGCUGUAUGUGUUACACAUCAGUUAGCCCGCUUCUGUCACAAGGUGGUCGACACUGCUGUUAGAAUACUAAUCC